AUGGAGGCAAGCUUGAGAACCCUUCUUCACCAGUCGAGGAAAAUUAGGUACGACAUCAUAUGUCUACAGGAGACAAAGGCGAAGGAGGCGUUUACAAGAAAGAUGGAUGAGGGACAGCUGCUUGUGAUAGGGCAGAAGAAUCUCGUGAGAAACUCCGGAGGGGUCGGGUUCCUUGUGAACCGUUCCAUCGAAUCGAAUGUACAUUCACACGAAAUCCUCAGCCCUCGGAUCGCACUGCUGCGUUUGAAAACGAGACAGAAGGCGAUGAUCAGCAUCGUAAACUGCUAUGCCCCCACGAACUCAGCGGAUGAAGAAGAAAAGGAUGCUUUCUACCAUGAGCUGGAGGAGGUAGUCAAGAGAGAGAAGUCUUAUUACAAGUAUUUAUGCGGAGACUUCAAUGCUGCGCUUGGAAAUGGAAAUGAUGGCAACUGGAGGCUCGGCAAACACGGAGAAGGAAAUAGAAAUGAUAAUGGUACUCGUGUUCUGGAUCUUGCGUACUCUUGUAAUCUCUAUCACGGAAACUCUCUUUUUGACAAACCUCAAAACAGGAGAUGGACCUGGGAAAGUCCUAACGGAGAGCUUCACUUGGAACUGGAUCACGUUUUCACAAACAGAAGGUGGAGCCUGGUGGAUGUGACGGUGCUGCCCUCUUUUGACUGUGGAUCUGACCAUCGCCUAGUCAGAAUGACUGUUCGGCUCAAUGACCAGAUAUUCAAAAGAGACACACACCGUGGACCCCCAAUCCGCUUCCCACGAUACAACGAAGAAGUUCUGGAAACAGCUAUGAAUAACCAAUCCUGGAGGUUGCUAGAAGACGUCACAAAGGAUUAUGAGAUGCUUAAUAGCAACCUCCUUCGCUGUGCGGAAGCUGCUACGGAGAACCAAGUGGCGAGGACGGAAAGAUUGAAUGCGAAGGCCAAGGAUCUCCUCCGACGCAGAGGAGAACUCAGAAGAGAUCCUACAGUCACGCAUCUGGAGAAGUCGAUUGUCAAUAAGGCAUGUCGUUUAGCUGUCAAAGAAUCUCUAAAGGAAUACCGGAAACAAAAGCUGAUGACAGCAGCAAUGCAGAGGAAGAGCUUGAAAUGCUGCCGAAAAGAUUUGGUGGACUAUCGCACUGAAACGACAUGCCUCAAGGACAAUCAAGGACGGCCAACGACUUCGAGACAGGGAGCCAGGGCUCGAGGGGGGCAUUGUAAUGGAGCUUUUAUACAAAGCUAG